AUUUUGAAAAAAGCCGGAUGUCUAAGGAGGUGGGAUCGAAGUGAAAGUGUAUCAGUUGAUUUAUCGUCAGGUGUUCAUCUGAUCAGCUGCUAUGACGUCAUAAAUCGGAGUUUUAUAAAGGUUCCCAGUCGAGUACUUGGAAAUGGAAGUUUGUGAUACGGGCGUUGUUAAAGGCGAUACGGGCCUGUGACUUGGUACGUAGAGGGGGAUCCGUUCCGUCGGUCGGUCCGCCAGAAACUCGUCUUCGUGUCUCGCCAGGGGGUUUUGCACAGAUCGGAACAGGCACGGGCGCCCUGUUAUGUAGGACAGGGCACUCUUUACUUUUUAUUUUUUCGUUUCCACCCCCCUUUUUUUCUUUAUUCUGUCCGUUUUAAAUUUUCUUUUCUUCUUUGAAACGAAAGGGUUUCACGAGAAUGCCCGCCCCGGCCCUUUGAGUUGCAGCACGAAGCCCUGGUAUUUUUCAUAUUUUCCACCUCCGGAACUUUUAAUUUCGAAAAAUGAAGAAGCUUUUCUCGAAAAUCGAGACCAAGAUCGACAACACUUCAAAAGAGACGAACAGCUUCGUCGGCAAAGUCUUUCUAGUCGGGAGGACGAAUGUUACCGUAGAGGAAGUUUUGGCUGAAGGUGGAUUUGCUGUCGUAUUUUUGGUAAAGAACAAUAGUGGUAAAAGGUUUGCUCUCAAACGGAUGUAUGUUAAUAACGAUCAUGAUUUGAAUGUGUGUAAACGAGAAAUACAAAUAGCAAGCAAUUUGAAUGGUCAUAAAAAUAUAAUAGGUUAUAUAGAUUCAAGCAUAACACCUACGGGGAAUGGUGUCUAUGAAGUAUUAUUGUUAAUGCCUUACUGUAAAACACAAGUUUUACAACUUAUGAAUGCCAGGCUUCAAUCAGGUUUUACCGAACAAGAAGUUUUAUCAAUAUUCUGUGAUGUUUGCGAAGCAGUUUCUAGACUGCACCACUGUCAGACGCCCAUAAUUCAUAGGGAUUUGAAGGUUGAAAAUAUAUUAGUAGGAGAAAAUGGUCAGUAUGUGUUAUGUGAUUUUGGCUCUGCGACUGGUAAGGUUCUGUCGGCGAACACUCAUGGUGCUUCAAAUGUCAUAGAAGAAAUAGAAAAAUACACUACGCUCUCUUAUCGUGCCCCUGAAAUGGUCGAUGUCUAUUCAGGCAAACCGAUUACUGUAAAAUCAGAUAUUUGGGCUUUAGGAUGUCUUUUAUACAAAUUAUGCUUUUUCUCUCUUCCAUUUGGCGAAAGCACUUUGGCAAUUCAAAGUGCGCAAUAUACUAUACCCGAAAAUUCUAAAUAUUCUAAUGGAAUGAACUGUCUAAUUAAAUAUAUGUUAGAACCGGAUGCAGAAAAAAGGCCUGAUAUUUUUCAAGUUUCUAGCGUAGCUUUCUCUUUAGCCGGCAGAGAAUGCCCAGUUCAAAAUUUAUACAAUUCACCAGCUGUUACUUUAGAAGAAUUGUCAAAUAUUCAAGAAAACGACAAUAAAAAGAAAAAGUCUGUAACCCCGAGCAAAAUCCAUACAACGCCUAUCGUAGAACCGACUAGUAUUACACCUAGACAGCGCCCGAAACCAUCAUCACAAAAACAACCCGUAUCUUUAUUUCCUCCAUCAGGCUUUCCUGACCCGUUUAGAGAGGAUUCAGGGAACGAACAAGACAGUAGGUCAUUAAGCAGUGUUUCACCAAAACAUAGAAGGAAUGUUAGCGAUACUUCUGCAUUUAACAAGGCGUUUACUACUGAAACAACUCAAUUCCUAGCACCAUAUGAGGCUUCAAAACCUAAGUUUGAUGAUCAAGAUUCUCAUUCUGAUGGUCAACAUUUAUCAACUACGACAUCACAAAACGAUUUGGGCAAUAAUAGUGAGGAUGUUAGAUGCCAGUCAGCAACAGCUCGGACGCCGCACUGGAAUCCGUUUUACGAAGCGGAUCAGUUUCCAAAAGCUACUGAAGACCAGCUUUUCGGUGCUGAAUUUGAUAAAAUUCAAAGGGGCUCACAAUCAAGUAUCACAAAUGUCAAAAGCCGAGAGAGUUUAGUCAUGGCCUUUAGCGAUUUAACAACUGCUGAAGACGAUCCUUUCAGCGCAGCUCCUUUUUCACUUCCAGCUUCGCGGCAAAGCUUGAAAAACAAAUCGUCAAAGGCUGCACCAGUUACGACUACAGGGUUUGAUGUCAACAAAAAGGAAUGGAAGUAUUUUGUUCAAAACGACGAAGGAAACGAAAAGAACCCAAUCGAGGAUGAAACGUACGUUAAUGCUCCUCCUCUUUUUGUCAGAAUUCCUGUCCAAGAUAGGUCAAAAUACGAGAAACUUACUUUUAACCAGGAGGACGCAUCUUCAGAUGAAGAUAUCGGGUUUACGAGGAGAAAGAAACCGAGUAAGCACCGUAAGAAACAUACUAGCAAUUCUGAUGAUUCAAUUGGUUCCGCCACCGAUUUGCAAACGAGAGAGAUUGAAGAAGCAGUCGAUAUGCUUGAAGAGACGGAAACGAUCAACGAAAGUAUUUUAACAUGCGGUUCAUCGGCGUAUCACGCUGAAACUGAAAGCAUGGCCAGGGACGAUGUCAUACAAAAACCCAGACUGAAACCCGUAGAGGAACAAGAUUGCUUUGUAGGCCACAGUUAUGGUGAUAAACCAUUGUUGGCUGAUGAUGAAUUAGACACAUCUGAUUCACCGAUUCACGACAUCGUUGAAGAUGUCUUCGCAAUGGCUCCUUUUCAGAAAAUUGAAAAAAAGAAAAGCAAAGAAGAGAAGACUGAUACGUCAAUCCCUCAAGAUAUUUUUGGCUCAAUUCCUUUUAAUACGAAUCCUUUUGUAACGGAUAAAAACGAAUUUACUGAUUCCGAAUUUGAGGGUAAGGAUUUUUUAAUAUUCGAAGAACCAUUGCCCAACUACCAGGUCAUAUCAAGUCCCAGUAAGGACGAUCUCGCCGACAAUUUUAUGACAAAAGAAAAGAGUAAAAAAAUCGGCAAACUACCAAUUAUAGAUGAAAACAAGCUCAAAGCUCGGACGAACAAACAUACUAGUUUGAAAAAGUCGAAAAAUAAAAUGAGCAGCGGUCUGUGCAACAUGAGCUUCGAAGACUACGUCGAUGAUCAGGAGAUUUCGCAAACUUUCGUCCCUUACGAAGUCGUCAGAGGGACUCCAGACCAUUCUGAACAUUACGGAAGCCUGAAAAGGAGCAAUCCGUUUUCUUGAAUUUUUCUCGGUAAACAUUGUUAUGUUUUACCACGUCAGAGUAGUCAUUAAUAUAUUAUUAUUAUUUUUUU